AUGGCAAGGAAAUCAUUUCUAAUACGAUGGUUCCAACUACAUUGUCCGGCUAAUCUUGUAAAUUCUCAUAUCAUUCCCGAUGACUCUUCUAAAGCAUCGGUCACCAAAGACUUCAAUUGGAAAUGUCUUGAUGACAUUGUUCGUACAUGGAUUUAUGGUACUUUUAGUCCCACCCUUCUUAAAUUGAUUGUCCGUCCCAAUGAUAGUGCUUUUGAUACUUGGACUCGCAUUGAGAACAAUUUUCAAAGUAACAAAACCUCUCGUAUUCUUCACCUUGAGUCUCAAUUCAAUGAUAUUUCUCUUGCUACUUUCCCGAAUGUGAAGGCUUAUUGUAAUGAACUUGAGAAUAUUGCUACUUCUCUUAACAAUCUUGGUGUUUCUAUCUCCGACAAUUGA